AUGGGAAGGAGGCCUUGCUGUGAUGGGAUUGGCCUCAAAAGGGGCCCUUGGUCCCCCGAGGAAGACCAAAAGCUCAUCACACACAUCCAAAACCAUGGCCAAGGCAACUGGAGAGCCCUAUCAAAACUCGCCGGAAUAAAUCGAUGUGGAAAGAGCUGCAGAUUAAGGUGGAUAAACUACCUUAGGCCAGAUAUAAAGAGAGGCAAAUUCACUCGAGAAGAAGAAGAAAUCAUUCUCAAUCUCCAUUCCGUUCUUGGAAACAAGUGGUCGGCAAUUGCAAGGCAGCUACCUGGACGAACUGACAAUGAGGUAAAGAAUUUUUGGAAUACCCAGUUGAAGAAAAAGCUAAUUCAAAUGGGUUUUGAUCCAAUGACCCACCGUCCUCGAACUGACAUAUCUUCCAAUUUGGCACACAUCAUUGGUUUGGCUAGUUUUAAACAACUCAUGGAUAAUCCCUCAUUGGAAGAACACGCUUUAAGAUUGCAUGCAGAAACCCUUCAAUACCUUCAAUAUCGCCUUCGACGACCAUCUUCCUUAACCAACAUUAAUCAUAAUAAUCCCACUGAAACUGAAAUCAUGAAUUUCGAAAACCAAAUGAUGGCUCAAAAUGAUAAUCCUAUCCAACGUCGUCCACUCGGUACCGACUCAGUGGAUCUCAACCUCCAAUUUUCCGAUUUCCCAUGCUUGGAAAUAGUUCCAAAUAAUACAAGUAUUUAUGAAACGACGCCGUUCAUUGUCAAAGAAAUGUGUGAAGUUCCUGAUCCUAAUGAUUCUCCAUGGCAACUGCCUUCUUCCAACACUAAUUGUGGAGAUGCAUGUAGUAAUUCAAGCUUUGUGCGAUCAUCAACUUCCGCUUGGCCAGACCACCUCUUCCUUGAACACUCUUUGCUUCAUGAUACUCCACCUUCUCCUUGGAUUUAG